CGUGUCAAGUAUAAAAACGGAGGACGGCGCUGUGAGCUGUGCAGACUGACUCAAGAAGCAUCAGCAGUGAGGUAACUCCACUCCCCCUAAGCAGCAACAGCCAUGUCAGACCUCUGUGUUGGAAUCAAUGGCUUCGGUCGCAUCGGCCGCCUGGUCCUGAGGGCUUGCCUCGAGAAAGGCAUCAAAGUCGUGGCCAUCAAUGACCCCUUCAUUGACUUGCAGUACAUGGUCUACAUGUUCAAGUAUGACUCCACUCACGGCCGUUACCAUGGUGAGGUCUCCCAAGAAGGCGACAAGCUUAUCGUUGAUGGCAACGCCAUCUCUGUUUUCCAGUGUAUGAAGCCAGCUGAGAUCCCCUGGGGUAGUGCUGGAGCCAAAUACGUUGUUGAGUCCACUGGAGUCUUCCUCAGCGUGGAAAAGGCCUCUUCUCACAUCCAGGGGGGUGCGCAGCGCGUGGUUGUGUCCGCCCCCUCACCUGAUGCUCCAAUGUUUGUCAUGGGAGUUAACGAGGACAAAUACGACCCCUCCUCCAUGACCAUUGUCAGUAAUGCCUCCUGCACCACCAACUGCCUGGCCCCUCUGGCCAAAGUCAUCCACGAUAACUUCGGCAUCGAGGAGGCUCUCAUGACUACAGUCCACGCAUACACAGCCACCCAGAAGACAGUGGACGGACCCAGCGCCAAGGCCUGGCGUGAUGGCCGCGGUGCCCACCAGAACAUCAUUCCAGCUUCCACUGGUGCCGCCAAGGCAGUGGGCAAAGUCAUCCCUGAGCUCAACGGCAAGCUGACAGGAAUGGCGUUCAGGGUGCCAGUCGCAGAUGUGUCCGUGGUGGACCUGACAUGCCGUCUGUCCAAGCCUGCAUCCUACGCUGAGAUUAAGGAGGCCGUGAAGAAGGCUGCACAUGGGCCCAUGAAGGGAGUUCUGGGUUACACUGAAGACCAGGUGGUGUCUGCUGACUUCAUUGGUGACUCUCACUCCUCCAUCUUUGACGCCGGUGCCGGCAUCUCUCUUAACGACAACUUUGUCAAGCUCAUUUCCUGGUAUGAUAAUGAAUAUGGCUACAGCAACCGUGUCGCUGACCUGCUGUUGUACAUGCACUCCAAGGAGUAGACACUUCCUGCCCAGAGAGGAAGUCCAGAAAGGGACCACUCAUAACCAUCUUCUACCCCUCCCUUCUCUUUUACACACAAGCCCCACCCAUAGCCAAGUCAUAGCAUCAAAGCCCUUAGCUCUACUACAGUAAAUGUAGGCAGCAGCAACAGUGUGUUUGAGUGUUCUGAGUUCAUCUGUCUUUUCCUUUAAUGACGAGGCGACCGGUCGGUGAAAGUAUUUGUGUCCAUGUGUUCCUUCUCCACCUUCCACUGCCACUUUAGAUGUGUCGUUAUGGCUGAGUAUUAUGGUAACUACUGUAUCCAUCUCACUGUUGGUGUGUUUUAAAAGCUUAAUCACCAGUGGAAGGAGGAAGCUGAGAGGCAGAUCUACUGUAACUCUGCUUAAGAUUAACGAGGCAAAGAAAUAAAGUUUGAAAAAAACCUAA